CGUGGGAAAAAUGAAUGUUGAUAUACAUUCACACAGCACUUUCGACCUAAUACAAGACUGACCUCAUAAAUUGCUUCAAUAUUUACAGUUCAAGUCUCUACUGACAAAAUGUUUCUGUUCAAUUUCAGCUUGCCAAAUGAAGUGAUAAAACCAUCACGUCCGCUAAAUGUUUGGGCCAAAUUAUUAGCGAAAAUAAUUAAGCUUCAGAGAUGUUAUAUGCUGCUGUGGAUCUCUGAGCUGAAACCAACCCCGUAUAGGAGAGAUCGUAUUGAGUCAUCAACACUUAGGAUCUUGUUUGUUUCUAUGUAGAGAACAUCUUAGAGAUGGCAUCCAUCCUAGAUCAGUAUGAGAAUGCACAGGCCUCGUAUACGAUGCCAACUUCUCGCAGUAUUCCUGAGCCUCUUGGGCCAGGAUUUAUUGAUGCCAGAUUUAAUGAUGAAGAGACACCAAUCUUCGCAAGAAAGAAAAUUAACUUCAAACCCGAUGAGCCAAUUACUCACCUUGUUGUGUGUAACAACUUCCUGGUUAUGGCCAUGACACAUGGGGUUUUGAUGAGACUUGAUCUUGAUCACGCCGACGAACAUGAAAAGGUAGAGAUAUUUAAGAAAGGAGAGGAGAGAGUCCAUAAGAUAUUUUUGGAUCCGACUGGCAGACAUCUUAUCAUCAGUCUAGAAUCAACAGAAAAUCUUUACUUGUCAAGAAACUCAAAGAAACCAAAACUAAUUGUUAAGCUAAAGGGUCAUCAUAUAGAUAGUGUGGGAUGGAAUUGGCAGAAUGCCAAUGAUAACACUACAGGUGCUAUACUUUUAGGAACCAGCAAAGGUUGUAUAUUUGAGACAGAGUUAGUGGCUAAUGAUGACAGUAAAUUUUGGCAAGGAAACCUUGAUCAGUACCUAAAACAGCUGUUUAGCCUGAAAGGAUCUCACGGUGAGCCUAUAACUGGUAUAGAGUUUGACAGAAUGCCGUCCGAGUCCAUGACAGAAUACCAGUACUAUAUUCUAGUCACUACACCAGGAAAAUUGUACCAGUUUUUAGGAUGUGUUUCCAAGACAACAGAACCACCAAUGUUUCAACAACUUUUUCAACAGUUUGAAGAUCAACAAAACAUACAAUACCAAGAACUACCUGGUGACUUCGGAUACAGCGAACUGCGUUUAUUCUUUCCAAAAUUCCGAGAAGCUGCCAGAAAAUUUGCCUGGAUGACAGGUCCUGGUGUAUACUAUGGUGAUAUAGAUACAAGUGGUAAACUUGGACCGUACUCUGUAACCAGUAACCAGAUGUUGAUGCGGUAUCCCAAAGAGUCAGAUGAUAGAUCUGUUAACAAUCCAUUCUCUAUGGUGCUUACAGAAUUCCAUACUUUACUGCUGUUUUCUGACAGGUUAAAAGCAUUUUGCCUGUUGAAUGAACAGCAGAUCUAUGAUGAACUUUUUACUGAUAGAUUUGGUAAGCUGAUUGGACUUUGGAAGGAUCCAAUUAAAGGAACAAUAUGGGUGUUUACAUCACAGAAUGUUUUCAAAUAUAAGGUUACUAAAGAAGAUAGGGAUGUGUGGCAGAUGUACCUGGACAAAGGCGAAUUUGAACUAGCAAAAGAAUAUUGUAGGGAUAAUAUAGCACACAAGGAUAAAGUGCUCACCAGACAGGCAGAAUAUCUGUUUAAUGGGAAAAGGUAUCUAGAAAGCGCAGAAAUGUAUGCUCAAACUCAGAACUCAUUUGAAGAAGUGGCGUUAAAGUUUAUUCGUCUGGAUGACAAAGAUGCUUUGAGAAAGUUACUCCACAAAAAAUUAGAGUCCUUAAGGCCACAGGACAAGACACAGAUGACAAUGUUGGUCACAUGGUUGAUAGAGAUUUACCUAAACCAGCUUGGUGAAUUGAAGGAACAGCAACUGGAAUCUAGUCCCCGAUUCAAAACUCUACAAGAAGAAUUCCAAACCUUUCUUAAACAAACUAGAACAAAGGAGUGUGUUGUACAUAACAAACAUGUGGUAUAUGAUCUUAUAUCCAGUCAUGGAGAUGUGGUAGAUUUAGUUUUCUUCGCACAUCUCAUGCAAGAUUAUGAGAAGGUAAUCAGCCACCAUAUACAGUAUGACAAUUAUAGAGGUGCUCUUGAGGUGCUCACUAAACAGAGUGAUAUGAAACUCUAUUACAAGUUUUCACCGCUGUUGAUACAGUACAUUCCAAAAGAUACUGUGAAAGCGUGGAAACGUCAGGGGAAACAACUUGACCCAAAGCGUCUCAUUCCAGCAUUAGUGCAAUACGACCAUAAAAAAUACAAAGAACAGGGCAGUGAAGUAAUAACAUAUUUAGAGUCCUGUGUAAAUGAGUUAAAGAACAGGGACCAGGCCAUACACAACUAUUUACUGUCUCUGUAUGCACAGCUGAAGCCAGAAAAUCUAUUAGGUUAUCUUCAGGACCAAGACCAGGAGGAGGUAGAUGGUCUGUGUUAUGACCCGAAAUAUGCACUACGGUUGUGUUUGGAGUAUGGUCGAAAUAGAGAGCGUGUACAUAUUUACUCCCUGAUGAAGCUGUAUGAAGAAGCUGUGGAUCUUGCACUAACUUUUGAUGUUGAACUUGCCAAAACAGAGGCAAACAAACCAGAUGAAGAUGAUGUAGAACUAAGGAAAAAGCUGUGGCUUAGAAUAGCUCGGCAUGUGGUUGAAAAAGAGAAAGAUGUGAAGAGAGCCAUGGAUUUUCUGCAUGAAUGUGAUCUACUCAAGAUAGAAGAUAUCCUGCCAUUCUUUCCAGACUUCGUAACCAUCGACCAUUUUAAGGAUGCUAUAGUAUCAUCAUUAGAUGACUACAAUCGCCAUAUUGAAACCCUGAAAGAAGAGAUGGACGAAGCAACAGGUAGUGCCGAGGAAAUACGCAAGGAAAUACAGGCAUUUAGAAACAAGUAUGCACAAGUGAAAGCUUUAGACAAAUGUUCAAAAUGUGGAUUUCCACUGAUGACACGUGCAUUCUACCUGUUUCCAUGCCAACACAAGUUUCACUCAGACUGUCUCAUAGAAGAGAUUUUACCAAAUUUACCUGGAAAGCGAGGUAACCGUGUAAAGGAUUUACAGAAGAAGCUGGCAGAGAGGGAUGAUUCUAGACAGAGUGUGAUAGGAAAACAGGAUCCUAACCUUAUAGCAUCUAAACAAACUGUCAAGGCAGAACUGGAUGACCUUGUAGCCUCAGAAUGUAUCUACUGUGGACAUUACAUGAUCAACAGCAUAGACAAACCAUUUAUUGACGAAGACGAGGAUAACCAGGGUUGGCUCUGAUCAUAGCACGUGCAACUUCAGUUUUGAAAAGAAAUUACUAGCAGCAUGGCAGAGACUUUAAGAUAUUGAAGGGGGGCGUACCUCCAGAUUUAGGUCUUUUUUUGCCAAAAUUGAUAAAGUUCCUUUAUUUGUUAGUACACUCAAACCUGUGCAAGCAGUCACCUCUGUUAAGCAGCUACUGAUCUUAACCCUUAUCAUGCUGGACACGAUUGAUUAAGCAUUUGUGACCAGUGUAGAUCUUGAUCAGCCAGCAGAUCCAUGCAGUCUGAUCAAUAUCUGCACUGUUCGCAAUUCAGUCAGUAUCUUUUUGGUAAGCACCCCUUUUAACAGUCAAUGGUACUGUGCAAAUUGGAAGAUGGACAAGUUCAUUAUAGAAAGUUACCCGGGCUAGGGUUAAACUGUCAUAUUUAGUAUUUCCUGUGUAUAUUAACCUGUUUUAAGCAAUAACUGUUCUUAAAAGGUCAGUUUUUUUUCCUUUGGCUGCUUAAGACAGGUUUCAUUAAUUACAAAUAAAAUGUAAACAAAGCAGUAUUUAUUUAUAAAAGUCACUUAGUAGUUUUCAAAAUAUAUAAAUGCAGUAAAAUUUUGACGACAUUAUAGAAUGACAGUCGAAUAACAUACAGUUAUGUUUUUAAUAACUGUAGCAGGUUUUAGAUAUGUUUUGAAAAUUCUCGGGCAAAUCUAGGUCAUUCCCUUGAAUUUUAAGAGCGGACAAUGUAUUUGAAAAUAUAAUGCAUGUGAGAUUCCAAAGUAAACAAGCCUAUUAUUUCUAGAAAAACUCUGUAGCAAUAAUGUCUGUUGAUUACAAACUCAGUACAGUUUAAAAAUUACAAUGCCUGUCAUAGAAACAGCAUAUUAUUAUGUUGUUACCAUGCACGUAAAUGGUUGCCGAACAACUUCAGUAACUCACUGGCUAAGAAAACCAGAUUGAAGAGACUUGUGACAUAAUUCUCUGGAAUUAUUUUUAUGGCAACAAAACACACCCACCUACUUAAUGAAAGUGCUAAAAAAAGUUGCAAUUUUAUCAUUAACCGUACAAAUUACUUAUAACGGAUGUAAAUACAACUUUAAUGUUGGAACAGCAACUUUCUUCGUGUUGACAUUAGAAAUGUUUUCACUCAUUUAGUACUUAUUUGUAUAUGAGAGAUGAAGGUGUUGAUGCAGAUUAUUUCUUGUUUAUGAUGAUAUAUUUAUGAUAAAUGUGCAAUAUUUUA